GAUGGUUGGUUAUAUUAGGUAAGUAUAGCUACAUUAAAAAUACUGUAAAAUCAUUUUAUGGUUGCUUAGCAAAUAACUUUUUAAUAUGUAGCUAUCCAGGGCUAGGAAACCGUUUACAUGAUUUCACAGUAUCUUUAAUGUAGCUAUCCUUACCAAAUAAUCCAUCCACAAUGUUUUAAAGUAUUUAUAAUGGAGCUAACCUAACCUAAUUGACCAUUAGUUAUCAUGAGUUGUAAUUUAUUUACAAUGAACCAAAAAAAACCGAAUAUGCACGAUCGGGAGUUCGGCUCUCUCGUUUGUUGAAAGAAGGCUUGCCAACGACCAGUGAUCAUGGAUGGGGUGUGGCAGCUCGCUGUGUCCCUGUUGCUGGUUCGAGGAGGCUCCGGUGACCUCACUAUUCUGCAAAGCUUGGUGUCCAAUCAUGUGGCAUCUGGAAUGUCGGAGACUACGCCCCUCGGUGACAUCACAGUCACAGUCGACGAGUGGAGCUUGAUGAUCCUGACACACCUGAGACUCUCAUUGACACUGGAUACUCAUCAUUUGCAAGUCUGCCCGGACUUCAACUCCUCCAUCCUUGGCUUUUCCCUGAAAGGGGGUUCCAUGAAGUUUGUUGGUGACUUCAAGCUGCGCAACGCGACCUCAUUCCUGUCCAAGGGGAGACUUGAUGUUUCUCUGACGGAUCUGGAGGUGUCCGGCACCACCGACCUACUCCUCGGCGACAGGUGCAUUUCGACGCAUGGUCAUGAUGUGAGGUACGAGUCUCGUGGACACCACAUAAAAUACAUUGUUAAGAAUGGAAACAGUGAUGCAGGGAUGGAUUCUGUGCUCUCAGACAGCUUUCUAAGUUCGUUUGAGGAACUCGUGCGAGAUGAAGUGACAGAGGUGAUACGGAGGAGAAUCUUGGAGAAUUUAAAUAGUGUCUUAUGCAGCAUUCCCAUUGAAACAUUGUUAGGGGGAGAAUGGAAGGAACACUUGUACCGAAGGCGUGGCCUCAAACCCGUCCCUCAAUUAAACGAGAUUAUAGACACGGUGUUGGAAAAUUUGAAGACGGUCGUUCUGAGACAAGGGUUUGAUGUAUAUCAUUUGCCUGAUAUCAACACAACUUUCGUGGCAAAAGAGUCUAUUUUCAAGCUUCACGGAACGCUGCUGGCUGAAAAUGGAACCUUACGCAAUUUGACGAGUGUGCGCAGAACAAGUGAUUGCGUGCUCGCUGGAAAUGGUUCCUUCUUCUUUUUCUCAGGAGGGUUUGGAAUGGGUGAUUUCAACAUAACAUUCGACUACAUCAAUGCUCUUUUUGAAGGAAUAGAAUUCGUUGAUAAAAUAAGUGUAUCUUUUGAUGUCACUUCUGUUUUCUUUAAAGCUACUAUGAAAGUUAUAAAUUCCACAUGUUAUCCAGCUAUCGAUAACAUUCAUGUUGACAAGUUAGAUAAAAUGCAUGUUACAGUAGAAGGAAAUAAAGCGAUGUUAAUUAAGGAUGCACUACUAUUAGCAUUUGCAAGAUACAAGCAUAAUAUCAUGGUAUAUGUUGAUUCCCAACUAAAAAAACUUGGUGAUAAAUAUUUAAAAAGUUUUGAUUGUGGAAAUUAUUUUGGAGUUGUAAGUAAUUACCUCAUGCCACAUUCUAGGAGGACUUUCCUUGAUUAGUUUAAACCCAAAGUACUUGGAUUUACCUAAUACCUUUGACUAACGUAAAUUAUUUUGCAGCAAACUGGUAAUCAGUAUGUCGUGUAUUAACUUAAUAAUUUUGGCUUGAAGUUAUAUUUUUAUAUUAUAAAAUAAAGGGCAAGUUGCAAAACA